UGGUUUAUUGACGCUCAAAAUAUCGAUACAGUGAUGUUCACGACACAUGGUGCUGAACUGGUUUGGGGUUCCAGCGAGACCGAAAUCGCCUUUUUCAAUGGGACAACUGAGUUUCCCCCCACCGUGAUAACCACAGCGGAGCCCAAAAGUAAUGAGUCGUGUGGGGAGCAGCAGACCCUGGACUUGGACUUGACUAAAACAGUGAUCAUUGGGAUGAUGCUCAGCACCAUCACCGCGGUCACUGUGAUGGGCAACACGCUGGUUGUGAUUGCGGUGUGUGUCGUGAAGAAACUCAACCAGCCGUCAAACUAUCUGCUUGUAUCUCUGGCCAUAGCUGAUCUGUCUGUGGCAGUAGCCGUGAUGCCCUUUGUCAUAGUGACUGACCUGACAGGCGUCUGGCUGUUUGGGGAGGUUUUCUGCAACAUCUUUAUUGGGAUGGAUGUCAUGUGCUGUACAGCAUCAAUAAUGACACUGUGUGUGAUCAGUGUGGAUAGAUACCUCGGAAUAACUCGGCCUUUGACCUAUCCAGCGAGACAGAACGGACAGCUGAUGGCCAAGAUGAUAGUCGGCGUCUGGUUGGUAUCGGCAUCCAUCACUCUGCCGCCGUUCUGCGGCUGGGCUCAGAACAUCAAUACUGCGGGAGUGUGUCUGAUCAGCCAGGAUGUGGGCUACACCCUCUACUCCACCGCUGUGGCCUUCUACAUCCCAAUGGUGGUCAUGCUUUUCAUGUAUUACAAGAUUUUCAAAGCUGCCCGAAAAAGUGGGGCCAAACACCACUUCACCGCCCUUCCCCCAAUUCAGAUGGCCUGUCCUGAUCCAGCGUUGGCCACCGUAGAGGGGCUCUGCAUGUAUGGGUUGAAGAACGGUGCAGCUACCGAAGAGUUUUCUACCCUCUCCUGCCUGUUGAACCGCGAACGGCGGAGCGCCUCGAUUUUCAGGCGCGAGCAGAAGGCAGCCACCACCCUCGGGGUGAUCAUGGGAGUUUUUUCGUUCUGUUGGUUGCCGUUUUUCCUUUUCACCACAGCGCGGCCGUUCAUCUGCGGUCUGCUCUGCAAUUGUGCCCCCGUCUGGCUGGAGCGAGUACUGCUGUGGUUGGGCUACACCAACUCGCUCAUGAACCCUUUCAUCUAUGCCUUCUUCAACCGAGACCUACGUUCAACUUAUAAAGACCUGCUACGCUGCAGAUAUCGAAACAUUAAUCGGCGACUCUCGGCUAUGGGAGUACAUGAGGCUCUAAAACUCUGACUGCUCACAAUCUGUUUAUAUGAUGGGAUGGUGCAUAAUAUAUCUUCUUGACUCUUCUACAAGUUAAGCAACACAGUUUGGAGGGAAUUCACUGGGAAUUACAAUAAUUUCAAUUCAGCAAAAACAUUCUAAUGUAAAACAUUCUAAUCUAAACAUUCGAAAUGUUUCACUGCAAUUCACUGCAAUUUCCAGCUGAAAUGAAAAGACAGUAAAAUAUCAAUAACUUUUAUUCCUUUUCACACAAAUUAUGAUUGUAGGGCAGACUAAUAAAGACUUAUUUUCAUACGGUUCCUUGCGCAAUGCUAUAUUAAGACCUCAUAACAAUUACAUACUGUACAUACAUUUUAAAGCAGAAGCAGCUCUAUGUGCAUGGCUGUUCUGGCAUAGUAAACUUGCUUGGUAGCUCACCUGGUACACUGAGCGAUGCACUUGCGAU